CCACUCAGACAUCUUCUUGUGUCGCGGACGCUUCCUUCCCCGAUUUGGCGGGAAGUUUUCAAAAUAGUCUAAAAGCAUCUUCCCGCAUAAUUAAUUACAGGACACUAUAAAACGACAAAUGAACAAACCCUAGAACCCCCAGAAUUCAAAGUCCCCGCCUCCAUUUCUCUAUCUAUCGCUCUUAUCUACAACCUGCUCGACGAAAUUCCUAGCAGAAUCUAAACUUCUGCGCCGGAUUUUAAUUGCCAAAAUGUAUGUCGUCAAAAGAGAUGGGAGACAAGAAGCGGUGCACUUCGACAAGAUUACUGCCAGGCUGAAGAAACUGAGCUAUGGUCUGAGCAGCGAACACUGUGAUCCGGUGCUUGUGGCUCAGAAGGUUUGUGCUGGGGUUUAUAAGGGAGUUACUACUAGUCAACUCGAUGAAUUGGCCGCCGAGACUGCUGCUGCUAUGACCGCUAAUCACCCUGAUUAUGCCUCUCUGGCAGCGAGGAUUGUUGUUUCUAAUCUGCACAAAAACACUAAGAAGUCAUUUUCUGAAACGAUAAAAGACAUGUAUAAUCAUUUCAACGAGAGAUCUGGACAAAAAGCUCCUCUAAUUGCCGAUGAUGUUUACGAGAUAAUCAUGAAGAAUGCAGCUCGUUUAGACAGUGAGAUCAUUUAUGAUCGGGAUUUUGACUAUGAUUAUUUUGGAUUCAAAACCCUUGAGAGGUCCUACCUCUUAAAGGUUCAAGGGAAGGUUGUUGAAAGGCCACAGCACAUGCUGAUGAGAGUCGCUGUUGGAAUUCACAAGAAUGAUAUUGAAUCUGUUAUUAAAACGUACCAUAUGAUGUCUCAACGAUGGUUCACUCAUGCUUCUCCUACCCUGUUCAAUGCUGGCACACCAAGGCCUCAAUUGAGCAGUUGCUUCUUGAUAUGCAUGAAAGAUGAUAGCAUUGAGGGCAUAUAUGAUACUUUGAAGGAGUGUGCUGUUAUCAGCAAAUCAGCUGGAGGGAUUGGUGUCUCAGUUCACAACAUCCGUGCAACAGGGAGCUAUAUUCGUGGGACAAAUGGUACUUCUAAUGGUAUUGUUCCAAUGCUGCGGGUAUUCAAUGAUACUGCACGUUAUGUUGAUCAAGGAGGAGGCAAGAGGAAGGGUGCUUUUGCUGUGUAUUUGGAGCCAUGGCAUGCUGACAUUUUUGAGUUUCUGGACCUUCGGAAAAACCAUGGGAAGGAAGAGCACAGGGCUCGUGAUCUAUUUUAUGCUCUUUGGGUACCUGAUCUUUUUAUGGAAAGAGUUCAGAGCAAUGAGUCAUGGUCGCUAUUUUGUCCUAAUGAAGCUCCAGGGCUGGCAGACUGUUGGGGUGCUGAAUUUGAGAAGCUUUACAUACAAUAUGAGAGACAGGGUAAGGCAAAGAAGGUUGUCCAGGCACAGAACCUUUGGUUUGAAAUUCUGAAAUCUCAAAUUGAAACUGGGACCCCUUAUAUGCUUUUCAAGGAUACUUGCAAUAGAAAAAGCAACCAGCAGAAUCUGGGUACUAUUAAAUCUUCAAACUUGUGCACUGAGAUAAUUGAGUAUACUAGUCCAACUGAAACUGCUGUUUGCAAUCUGGCAUCUAUUGCUUUACCUAGAUUUGUUAGAGAGAAAGGGGUUCCACUUGAGUCUCAUCCAUCUAAACUUGUUGGCAGUAAGGCUCCAAGAUCGAUAUUUUGACUUUGACAAAUAGCAGAGGUCACAGCAAUUGUUACUGCCAAUCUUAAUAAGAUAAUUGAUGUUAAUUAUUACCCCGUUGAAAAUGCAAAAAGAUCAAAUUUUCGGCAUAGACCCAUUGGUAUUGGGGUUCAGGGUCUUGCAGAUACAUUCAUCUUACUUGGCAUGCCUUUUGACUCUUUGGAGGCGCAGCAGCUGAACAAAGACAUAUUUGAGACUAUAUAUUAUCAUGCUCUGAAGGCUUCUACUGAGAUAGCUGCAAAAGAUGGACCUUAUGAAACAUACCAUGGGAGUCCUGUGAGCAAGGGAAUUCUUCAGCCUGACAUGUGGGGUGUUACUUCAUCAAAUCGAUGGAAUUGGAGUACUCUUAGGGACAUGAUAUCAAACCAUGGGGUGAGAAAUUCUCUUCUUGUAGCACCAAUGCCAACUGCCUCGACCAGCCAAAUUCUUGGAAAUAAUGAAUGUUUUGAGCCGUAUACUUCCAAUAUCUACAGUCGCAGAGUUCUAAGUGGUGAAUUUGUAGUGGUGAACAAACAUCUUCUCCAUGACUUAACUGAGAUGGGCUUUUGGUCUCCUGCUGUCAAGAACAAGAUCAUAUAUGAGAAUGGCUCUAUCCAGAAUAUUCCGGAAAUCCCUGAUGAGUUGAAAGUAAUAUACAGGACUGUUUGGGAGAUCAAGCAGAAGACUUUGGUUGACAUGGCUGUUGAUCGUGGAUGCUAUAUAGAUCAGAGUCAGAGCUUGAAUAUACAUAUGGAUCAACCCAAUUUUGGCAAAUUAACUUCCUUGCACUUCUAUGCUUGGUCGAAGGGCUUGAAAACUGGAAUGUAUUAUCUGCGGUCCCGUGCUGCAGCUGAUGCCAUCAAAUUCACUGUUGAUACUUCUAUGCUUAAGGAUACUGCUAAGAAGGCAGAUGAGGAUAUUGAUACCAACAUGGCACAGAUGGUUUGCUCUCUAACAAACCGCGAAGAAUGCUUGGCUUGUGGAAGUUGAGGAGUUUUUUAUAACAUUGGCACCAGGUGUUCUUUAUCUGUAAAUUAUUGUGUAUGAUUAGGGGCAACAAAAACAGCUUGACUGCCCUUACAAGUGGCUAUCUGGUUGGGAGAUAAAAGGUUCAUGGGUUUAGAAGGCCUUAUAAAAGGGAACCCUAAAUAUGGCUUCAAAAUCUUUUGUAUAGUUAAGUUAUUUGCGGCUGGGAGUAUUUUACUUCUCUGUUAAGAUGCAUUAGAUUCAUCAUUAAGGUUUGAAGACUAGAAGCUUCAACUAUAAGUGCCAAUUACUAUAUGACAAUUAUCAAAGACAAAUGAUAGAUGUUGGCCCAAAUGAUUAUAGCAA